AUGACCAAGGGCUGCAUUCAGGGAUCGACCUGCGGCCCCCUCUUGUGGAACAUCAUCCUUGAUGAGCUUCUGGAGCUCGACCUUCCAUCCGGAUGCCGAAUCCAGGCCUUCGCGGAUGAUGUUCUGCUCAUAGCGGCUGCCAAGGACCUGCCGGGCUUACAGGCAAUUACCAAUCAAGCACUACACGCUAUAGUGAGCUGGGGACGGAGUGUCAAGCUCACUUUUAGCCCCCAUAAGACACAAGCCAUUGCUUUUAGCAACAAGGCGCGACAUGCACUCAUUCACAUUGACUCACAUGCACUACACUUCCAGGACGACAUCAAGCUUCUUGGCGUCGUUCUGGAUCGUCAACUUCUCUUCAGGAAACACGUCACUCACGUCAUCCAAAAAGCCACUAACAUUUUUCACAAACUCACACUCUACUGCAGACCCACUUGGGGAGCCCACCCCGAAAACAUCCGAACCAUUUACCUACAGGUCAUCCAACCUAUCAUCACCUACGCCGCCGGCAUUUGGGGUCAUGUCGUCAGGAAAAAGUACAUUUGCCAAAAACUUCUGAGUAUGCAGAGGGGUUUCGCUCUCCGAGCUAUCAAAGGCUUCCGCACGGUCUCCACGACUGCGGCGCUCGCCCUCGCUCGUUUCACCCCCAUCGACCUGAAAGUCUUGGAGACUAACACUAUAGAAUCCGCCCGACUCUCUGGGCACUGCACCUUCGUUCCUGACGACAUCGCUCUCGAACGGCACGUUCCCCCUGACCUACUCCUCCAUCCCGCCCACAGAAUCACAUUCUCGCCCCGCAGCUUCCACUCCCAAGCAGACCUAUCUGAACACCUCAACUCCCUCCCCCUUCCCAUUCCCACCAUUUAUACUGAUGGGAGCAAGCUCGACGACGACUCGGUCGGUGCAGCCUUCGUCUGUUACGACGGAGAACGGCCGCCAGUCGUCAAAAAGUUCAAGCUCCAUCCUUCCUGCUCGGUUUUCCAAGCCGAACUCUUCGCCCUCCUUCAAGCUUCCAGAUGGGCUUCCCAACACAACUUCCCACAAACCCUCAUCCUUUCCGACUCCAGAGCCGCCAUUGAGGCCUCCCAGAACCGCAGCAACACACACCCCUUGGUUUCGAGCCUUCACUACACUCUACACCAACACUCACCCACCGGUUAUAUCGACUUUGCCUGGGUUAAAAGCCACGCAGGUAUAACCGGGAACGAACUCGCAGACGAGGCGGCAAAGAAGGCCGCCACCUUGCACAAAGCCCCCGACUACUGCUGCUAUCCCAUCAGCUUCGUCAAGCACAAAGCCAGGGAAGUCAGCCUACUUAAAUGGCGGGAAAGGUACGUGAACGCGUCUCAGGCACAGCACACUCGCGACCUACUCCCCACAAUCGACCACAUCUUUACACUAUUCAAACACACACACACCACAUUCACCCUCACACAGAUACUCACCGGUCACGCAUACAACAACGCAUACCUGCAUCGCUUCAAACUCACCGAGUCCGACGUCUGCCCGUGCGACCGCGCCUCUUCGCAGACCAUAGAGCACCUCCUUCAGAGGUGCCCUAAUUUUGCAGCCCACAGAUUCGAUCACGAGCAGCUCUGUGGGCACCUCGGACUGUCGCCUUAUGCCCUUGUCGACCUACUCGAGAACAAAUCCUGCGUCGACUCCUUCGCCCGGCUGUCGAAUUCGAUCAUCAAGGUCCUCAAGGACUUCAACGCUGGCCUAUGA